AUGAAGAUGCAAGCAGUCCUGACUCUGAACUCCCUCCUUUUGACUACGAUUGGAGGCCAUCCAUUGGCCCGCAAUGAGAGGCAAGCCAAGGGCCGCAAAUUGCUCUUGAUCUCCUUUGAUGGCUUCCGAUGGGAUUAUGACCAAGACGUUGAGACGCCCAACUUGGACAACUUAGCCAAGGAAGGGGUGAAAGCAAAAUAUGUCACUCCUCCUUUCGUGACCAUGACGUCACCGUCCCAUUUUACAACCAUCACAGGCCGUUGGAUGGAAGACCACGGAGUCAUCCAUAAUAUGAUGUUUAACACCGAGACGCUGAGGAAAUACAGCUACAAAGAGACACAAAACAAGACAGAAUGGUGGGACAAUGGAGUUCUACCCCUGUGGAUCACAGCUCAAAAUCAGGGGAAAAAAACAGCAUCGUUCCACUAUCCGGGAGGAGGAGGCAAUUUCAGUGGCCAGACGCUGACCCGGAGCCUGGUUGAAGCCUUUGGUCACCCUGAUGACAACGAGACCGAAUGGCGAGAGAACAUUGACAUUGUCAUGAACUGGUUCACCCAAGAGGACUUUGAUUUUGUCACACUUUAUUAUGGGGAACCUGACAACGUUGGGCACAAAUAUGGUCCAGAGACAGAAGAAAGGAGGAAAAUCAUCCAGCAAAUUGACCGAACCGUCGGCUACCUACUAGGCGCCAUUGAAAAGCACAACUUGAAAGACACCCUCAAUGUCAUAAUUACCUCUGAUCACGGCAUGACCACAGUCCAAAAGAAUCCUCAAGUUGAAGAAAUCAUGUUGGCCAACUAUAUCAAAUUUGCGGACUUGAAGUUUGACAUUGUAGACUAUGGGGGCUUUGGGAUGAUUCUCCCCAAACCGGGGAAAGAAGAGGAAAUCUACCAGGCCUUGAAAAAUGCCCACCCUCACCUGAAGGUCUACAAAAAGGAAGAGUUUCCUGACUAUUUCCAUUAUGCGAAACACAAACGGGUCUUACCCAUCCUGCUCUAUGGAGACCUUGGUUACAGUGUCAAUGGGAGGUUUAUCAUCUAUGUUUACAAAGGAGACCACGGAUUCGACAACCAACACAUGGACAUGAAGAUCUUCUUCAGAGCUUUUGGUCCAGAUUUCAAGAAAGGCUACAUAGCAGAACCUUUUGAUAGCAUCCACAUCUACUCCUUAAUGUGUGAGCUUCUACGAGUUCAACCAGAACCCAGCAACAGCUCUCUGGCAUUCACACAAAACAUGCUCCAGGUUCCAAGGAACUACCUCCUUCCCAUCAUUGUAAGCAGCGUAAUGGGUGGCCUGCUUCUUCUGAUCCCCAUUGCAAUCAUAACACACAACUGCAUUCAGAAGAAGAAGAGACGAAAGAAUGAGCCGCCUGAAGAAGUAAAAAACACGGAGCUGCCAUCUGUUAGUUUGUGA